CUAUAAACCCGCCUCCCUGGUCGGGCCUUCUUCAUUUCAUUCCCCCAAGGGCUGUUUCUCCUUCGGGGCUGAAGGCGCUGAGGGAGUGAUACAGAGGUCGAGAGAUAGAACGGGGAAAUCAGACUACGAUAUUGCUAAUGGCAGCGGCAGCGAUCGCCGCGAAGACUCCGGCGGCAACCCCUGCAGCGCUUGCUCUGCCUGACAUGGUGGCGAGAGACACGAUCAUUGCGUGGUACAGAGGCGAGUUUGCAGCCGCGAACGCAAUCAUUGACUCGCUCUGCUCCCACCUGGUUCAGAUCACCGGCGAUCCUUCCGAGUAUGAUGCCGUCUUCGCUGCUAUCCACCGCCGGCGCUUGAAUUGGGUCCCCGUUCUACAUAUGCAGCGUUUUUUUUCCAUUGCGGAUGUCACCAACGAACUUCGCCUCGUUACCUGCAAUCGCAAGCCCCUGAGUCCCACCACUGUCACCGAAGCUCAGAGUGAUGCCGCUGUGGCACCGGUUCUUAAAAGGGAUGUGGAGGGAACUGGACCUGAUGCCAUCGACGUGGAAGAGAUGAGAAGGUCUCUUGAUGAGGAACAAUCUUCCCAAAAGAUUUCGGAGGGAACAGGGGAGGAAUAUUCCACAUAUUCCUCAGAUUGUAAGUUAGCAAGAGAUGGCAAAUCUGUUGAUGCAGAGUCUGUUGAUGAUGGAGGAUUUCAUCAAACGUUGUCAGAGAAUGAUCAAAUAUGCACGCAUCAUGACGAAUGUGUGGUGCGUCCUGAGAAGAUCAAGACUUUUAAAGGUUUUGUUGCAAAGGAGCCUGUGAAAGGGCAUAUGGUCAACGUGGUGAAAGGACUGAAGCUUUAUGAAAACAUUUUCACAAACUUUGAACUACACAAGCUGAGCGAGUAUAUAAAUGAACUCCGUCUUGCCGGCCGAAGAGGAGAGCUAUCAGGUGAAACAUUUAUUUUCUUCAACAAGCAGAUGAAGGGAAACAAGAGAGAGAUUGUUCAACUUGGCAUUCCAUUAUUUCAACCAAAAAAUGAGGAGGCAACAAGUAGCAUUGAGCCUAUUCCUUCAAUUCUUCUGUCUGUAAUAGAUCAUCUGACUCAGUGGCACUUAAUACCAGAAAGUAAAAGGCCUAAUUGUUGCCUCAUCUAUUUCUUUGAUGAGGAUGAUCACUCACACCCCUACUUCAAACCUCCACAUUUAGAAAAUCCCAUCUCCACGUUGUAUCUCUCUGAGACAAGCAUAGCAUUUGGUCGAAUACUCUCGAGUGAUCAAAAUGGAGCUUAUAAAGGAUCCCUUACACUCUCAGUCGUAAAAGGAUCACUCUUGGUAAUGCGUGGUAACAGUGCAGAUAUGGCAAGGCAUGUCGUAUGCCCAUCUUCUAACAAAAGAGUAACCAUCUCGUUUUUAAAAGUUCGGACUCCUACCAACCAGGUCGAUCUAUCUUCUCCUAUCUCUCAACAAUCAAAUGCCAUUACUUUAUGGCAACCACCACAGCCAGCAAGAGAGCCAGAAAUAAGUCCUAUUGCUUAUGGACCACAUGCUAUGGUGCCAACAUGGGGUCUUUCUCUUCGAGAUCCUAUGUUCAUGUUAGCACCACCAAGGCCAAUGGUUAUGAGCCAAGAGAGAAGAUUUGGGCGUGGCGGCACUGGAGUGUUCUUGCCAUGGACUAUAGGCCCAAAGAGGUACAUAAAGAAUCUCCCACCUCGAUUUCAAAGAAGAAGGCUAGCAUCCCUUCCCGCGCCACUGGAAGCAUUGGUGGAGAAAAUAUAAUCACUCCCACUUAUCAUGGCGUGUGCUUCUAAAUCUUUUUAAAAUGAAAAAAAAAAGGCUUCUUCUUGAUUGUUUACUCGAUUGGAAUAUUUUUAGAAGCAGUAAUCUUAAAGGAAAAAAGAGUUCUAAAAAAUACUAUAGAGUCUAAUAGUCAGGUGAAAAGGCUAAUUUCAAUAGUCUUUCUUGUUAAGAUUAGUUGUUGCAUAGGUUUUUAUAUAUUUCAUGUGUUUUUUUUUUUUUUUUUCAAUUUCUACAUGUUUAUGUAAGUAG